UUUUAUCUGUAUCAUGCAAAAGAAUUCGAAUUUUUCCCAUAAAAUAUACAAAAAUGAUCCUUUAUUAUUUAAAAGUUAUAUUGGUAUGGAAGUGAACAUUUUAACUGAAGAUGGUACCACGAUUUCUGGUAUUGUUUAUACAGUUGAUCCAGUAUCAGAAAGUGUUGUAUUGUUGCAAGGUUGCCAACAAAAUAAUUUAAAAAUCAUAUUUGGUCAUGCGAUAAAAAAUAUAGAGGUCUGUUCGACUAAAUUAUACGAAUUACCAGAAUUGUUUACAAAUGCACCAACAAAUAUCCUUCAAACAACGUUAGAAGAGCGAAAAAAUGCUGUGAUAAACUUGCUUCAAAAAAACAGAUUCCCUGUAAGAGAGCAAAACCAUAUCUUGACAAUUGAAAAUGUACUUUCAAUAAAACCACCCUAUGAACCUGCUGACUGCAUUUGCAUUAAUAAUAGUAUUAUUUUAGGAAGAAUUCAAGAUCUUCUCACUAGUGUAUAA